AUGGGAGGAGAUAGAGCUCAUUUGGAGGGAAGGCACUCCGGGAGGAGGGAGUUCGACCUCGCCCAGGCCGGUCAGCUCCCAGACCUCCCUGAAGGGGCGCUCCCGAGCGUGCACCCCGUCGGCAAGCCGGCGGAGCUAACCUAUGGGCAUGGACGCAUCCGCCUGCUGGCUGGCACGGAUGGCCUCCUGCGCCUCCGCCUCCAGGAGGGCGACCUUCUCCUUGGCGGCCGCAGUGCGUGCCAUGGCAUCAGUGGCCACCGCCUCCGCAUCCGCGACGCGGCGGGUGGCCUCCUUGGUUCUGUUCGUCAUUUGUUGAUGCAGGAAGCGCAUGGUGGAGGUUUGAUGGGACAUUUUGGUGCGAAGAAGACAGAGGAUGUUCUGGCCACACACUUCUUUUGGCCAAGGAUGAGGAGAGACGUUGAGCGGUUCGUGGCUCGCUGUAAUACAUGUCAAAAAGCUAAGUCGCGCUUGAACCCACAUGGUUUGUAUAUGCCUCUUCCUAUUCCUUCGAUUCCGUGGGCGGAUAUUUCUAUGGACUUUGUUUUGGGAUUGCCUCGGACGAAGAGGGGGAGUGAUAGCGUUUUUGUUGUGGUCGAUCGUUUUUCCAAGAUGGCACAUUUUAUACCUUGUCAUAAAACAGAUGAUGCCAUUCAUAUUGCUAACCUCUUUUUCAAAGAGAUUGUUCGCUUGCACGGUAUGCCUUCUACUAUUGUUUCAGAUCGUGAUGCAAAAUUUUUGAGUCAUUUUUGGCGCACGCUAUGGAACAAAUUGGGGACAAAGUUGCUGUUUUCUACAACAUGUCAUCCCCAAACUGAUGGACAAACAGAGGUGGUGAAUAGAACAUUGUCUACGAUGCUGCGAGCAAUAUUGAAGCAAAAUUUGAAGAUGUGGGAAGAGUGUUUGCCGCAUGUGGAGUUUGCAUAUAAUCGGGCGGAACACUCCACCACCAAGGUAAGUCCUUUUCAGGUAGUGUACGGUUUUAACCCUCGUGCUCCCAUUGAUCUUUUGCCUCUACCUACUACUGAGCGUGUACAUAGUGAUGCUAAAGAGCGUGCUGAUUUUAUUUUAAAAUUGCAUGCUUCAACCAAAGAGAACAUUGAAAAGAUGACUGAGAAAUAUAGAAUUGCUGGUAGUCAAGGUAGAAAGGAAGUUAAACUUGAACCGGGUGAUUUAGUUUGGUUGCAUUUGAGAAAAGAAAGAUUUCCAGAUUUGAGAAAGUCUAAAUUGAUGCCACGUGCUGCUGGACCAUAUAAAAUUUUGGAAAAGAUUAAUGAUAACGCAUAUAAACUUCAGUUGCCCCCAGAGUUUGGGGUUAGUUCCACUUUUAACAUUUCAGAUUUGAAAGCUAACCGCAUAUGCAUUCCAGUUGGUUCUGUUCGUCAUUUGUUGAUGCAGGAAGCGCAUGGUGGAGGUUUGAUGGGACAUUUUGGUGCGAAGAAGACAGAGGAUGUUCUGGCCACACACUUCUUUUGGCCAAGGAUGAGGAGAGACGUUGAGCGGUUCGUGGCUCGCUGUAAUACAUGUCAAAAAGCUAAGUCGCGCUUGAACCCACAUGGUUUGUAUAUGCCUCUUCCUAUUCCUUCGAUUCCGUGGGCGGAUAUUUCUAUGGACUUUGUUUUGGGAUUGCCUCGGACGAAGAGGGGGAGUGAUAGCGUUUUUGUUGUGGUCGAUCGUUUUUCCAAGAUGGCACAUUUUAUACCUUGUCAUAAAACAGAUGAUGCCAUUCAUAUUGCUAACCUCUUUUUCAAAGAGAUUGUUCGCUUGCACGGUAUGCCUUCUACUAUUGUUUCAGAUCGUGAUGCAAAAUUUUUGAGUCAUUUUUGGCGCACGCUAUGGAACAAAUUGGGGACAAAGUUGCUGUUUUCUACAACAUGUCAUCCCCAAACUGAUGGACAAACAGAGGUGGUGAAUAGAACAUUGUCUACGAUGCUGCGAGCAAUAUUGAAGCAAAAUUUGAAGAUGUGGGAAGAGUGUUUGCCGCAUGUGGAGUUUGCAUAUAAUCGGGCGGAACACUCCACCACCAAGGUAAGUCCUUUUCAGGUAGUGUACGGUUUUAACCCUCGUGCUCCCAUUGAUCUUUUGCCUCUACCUACUACUGAGCGUGUACAUAGUGAUGCUAAAGAGCGUGCUGAUUUUAUUUUAAAAUUGCAUGCUUCAACCAAAGAGAACAUUGAAAAGAUGACUGAGAAAUAUAGAAUUGCUGGUAGUCAAGGUAGAAAGGAAGUUAAACUUGAACCGGGUGAUUUAGUUUGGUUGCAUUUGAGAAAAGAAAGAUUUCCAGAUUUGAGAAAGUCUAAAUUGAUGCCACGUGCUGCUGGACCAUAUAAAAUUUUGGAAAAGAUUAAUGAUAACGCAUAUAAACUUCAGUUGCCCCCAGAGUUUGGGGUUAGUUCCACUUUUAACAUUUCAGAUUUGAAUGGCCGCGUCCUGCGCCACCACCGAGGCACGACCCGGUCCUUGGCUGCCGUGGUGGCAACCGCUUCUCGAUGGGCGGACUCCUCCCGGUCGGCUGAGGCUUGGGCUCGUGCAUCCAGGGCCGUGUCGCGAGAGGCAACCUCUGUCUCCUUCUUCAUGAGCUCGGCCUCCCUGGUGGUGAAGGAGGCUACCUCCACCGUGGGGCGCUACUCCUACGUCGCCGCUGCCUCCUCCUAG